AUGGUUACUGUGGUUAUAUUAAAAUAAAUACGCAUGUUUAGUUUACGAUUAUAAAAAAAAUGUAUUUGUAGACCAUGAUUAUAUUAUAGCUGUUAUACUUAUAAUAUCUCUAAAGAGAUUAAUUAAUUCACGAUGAGUAAAAAAGAAACCAAGAUAAACAUGUCUGGGCAGUUGUAUUCGUUCACGGACGAGUUGACGCCUCAAGAACAACAAUUCUUCGCAUUAGUGGAGAGUUGCGACGUGCCGGCGAUCGAAAACUAUUUGGAAACCAACAGGAUAAAUAUCAACAUGAAAAAACAUGGAUACACACCAUUGCAUCUAGCUGUACAGAACCAAUGCGAACCCCUACUGGAUUUACUCCUACGACAAAAAGACGUGAAAAUCGGCGACUUGAUACUGUUGGCCAUCACGUACGACAACCUCAAGAUGUUGGACCGGCUGCUGGAAUUCGACGAGACCAACGACAGACCCGGAAACCGGGGAAAGGGCUGUGGCUGGAAUCGGGUACGGUCGGACGACGACGUUAAGAUGGACGAACCGGAAGACGACGGCGAUUCGGAAGAGUUUCCGCGAUUCAUGACGCCGCUGAUGUUGGCCACACAGUGCGGCCUUUACGAGACGGUUGAAUACCUGGUGAACCGCGGCCACAAGCUGGAUAGGCCGCAUCCGCCGCAGUGCACUUGCAGUGAACGGUGCAUGGUCUCGGCCUUGAGUGCCGACGUGGUGUCCGACAGCUGCAAGCGACUGAACGGGUAUUGGGCCAUCAGCAAUCCGACGUUCAUAUGCACCACGUCUUCUAGUUCCGAUCCGGUGCUCGAGUGCUUCCGGUUGCAUGAGGAACUGUUGCGGUGCGGAUCCGCCGAACAGGUGCACAACGCUACGUACACGUAUAUGGCCGCACAGGUGAGACAAUUCGCGGUGGAAAUGAUAGUGAACUGCAGGACGUCGGACGAAGUGAAGAUCAUGUUGCGGAAUCGGGACGGAUGCAAGUUCAGAGGUCAGUUCCCGUACCCGAGACUGAUCACGGCAAUGGACUACAAGCAAAAGGAAUUCGUGGCGCACACUAACAUCCAACAGGUACUGGAAACCGCGUGGCUGGGUGAUUGGAUCGAGUGGAAGUCGUACACGGGGCCGCAGAAGCUCAUGUACUUGGUGUGGCGGUUCUGCAUGCUACCGGUCACGGUGGCGUUGGGAGUGUUGGCGCCCAACUCGGGGCUGAACCGGUCCAACCGGUUGCCCAUAAACCGAAUGUUCAACAGCCUGGUCACCUAUCUGGUGUUCCUCGGGCUGCUGUUCGCCCACUCGAACGCCGACAAGUUCAAGGUGCGCAGGGGAGCCCCGAAACUGAGCACGUGGCUGCCGAUCGCCGUGUUCGUGCUGGGCCACGCGGUGGAGAAGACCAAGCUCCGGCUGCAGCAGGGCCCCGAACGGUUCUUCCGGAACAUGUGGAACGUGUUCGACACGGUCAAGCUGACGCUGUUCGCCAUGGCGUUCCUGUGCUGGGCGCUGGCCGGCGCCCAGGCCGGCUGGGUGUCCGACGACCUGGACCGCAAGUACUGGCACUGGUCCGACCCGCAGCUGGUGGCCGAGGGCCUGUUCACCGUGGCCACCGUGAUGGCGUACCUGCGGCUGUUGUUCCUGUGCCAGCUCAACUACUACAUCGGGCCCAUGCAGGUGUCCCUGGGCAAGGUGCUUCACGACUUCGGCAAGUUUGCCACGUUCCUGGCCAUCAUCAUGGUGGCGUUCACGUGCGGCCUGGGCACGUAUUACUCGUACUACGCGGGCAUGGUGCGCAAGGACCCGGAGACGGGCGAGACCGUCCGGCAGGAGGACUCGUUCGUCACCGUGCCGGACACGUUCAAAACGCUGUUCUGGGGCAUAUUCUGCAUGACGUCGCUGGAAGCUCCCAACGUGGUGGUCGGAAACGAGGCCCACCGGCCCGGAGGCGACGGCGGCGGCGGGCCGGUGGACGCGGAAACGCAGUCCCACCGGUUCACGCAACUGGUGGGCUUCGGGCUGUUCGCCGCGUUCGAGGUGCUCAUGGUCGUUGUCAUGAUGAACAUGCUCAUCGCCGCCAUGUCGGACACGUUCCAGGGCGUCACCGAAAACGCCGAGUACGAGUGGCUGUUCGGCAGGACCAAGGUGUACGUCAGCUACAUGUUGCAGGACGACAUGCCGCCGCCGUUCAACCUGUUGCCCACCACGGGGCUGCUGUUCUGCGCCAAGCGGUUCGCGUCCAAGUCGUGGCGGGGCUACGGCCGCUUGCCGGGCGACGACGGCUGCGGUGUCGACUCGGACUUGGACAGCCGGUCCACGGCCGCCGCCCCCGAGUUCCGCGAACUCAUGGCCCAAAUCGUCAAGCGGUAUUUCACGAUGCACAGACCACUCGUCGAACACUGAACGCCGCCGCCGUCGUCCUCGCGAUCCUCAUUAUUAUUAUUUGUCCUGCGCUGCACGUUCGUCGUCGUUUUAUCGCUUAUCCUCCUCACACCCUCCAACACGCUCGCUUUCACGAACCCUUCUCAACCCGUUUUGUCGUCGUUAUUGCAUAUAUUAUUAUUUCAUUGCUGUUUAUAAUAUUCAUCUCAUAUCUGUAAACCGCUUUAAAUAUUUGUUAUUAUAAUGUCAUAUUUUCCUGUAACAAUGAUGAAAACAUAAUAAUAUCCUCGAUAUAUUGAUCACUGUAGCGGCGAUAGGUUUUGGUGUGUUCACUUUAAACACGAUGAUGUAUUAUGUUGCAUAAUAAGUCGCAGUAGAGGUGGUGUUAUAAAAAUGAAAAAUAUAAUAGUAAUAGAUAUUAUUAUAACUGACAAUGAUCUCCCCACUCUUCCUCCCACGAAAAAUUAGACCAUGCGUACGUCACUGGAGUAUAUUAUGUUCUUAUAUAUAUAUAUAUACGUAUAAUUAUGAUAUUCUAUUUUUUUUUAUAUAUUUUUGAAUUCAUUGAGCUUUGUAAUAUUUCGUGUUCACUUAUAAUAUACUAUAAUAUGUAUUAUGUA